AUCUCCACUCUCACGUUGCGUAAACUCACCGAUCUGAUGCUCCACAGAGGCACCAUCCAGUCCAUCUGAGGUGGAAAAGAUUUGAAUCACAGAUAACGCUAGAGCCUGCUUGAAAAAUGGCCUCCAGAUAAGAGUUGCGAUGAUCCAGACCCGACCCACAGCAGAGAUGAAUGUGUCUAAUGAAUCCUCCUACCAAGAGGAGGUGCUGCUGGAUAACUCUACCUGGGGCUACUCCUAUUAUCAUCAAAACUACACCCUGAUCCCUCCACUAUCAGAGAAGGCUAGCACCUCCAAACCUGCAGCAUGCGAGCAGGUCCACAUCGCUAUCGAGGUCUUUCUGAUCCUGGGUAUCAUCUCACUGCUGGAGAACAUUUUAGUCAUCACAGCCAUAGUGAAGAACAAGAACCUACAUUCCCCCAUGUACUUCUUUGUCUGCAGUUUGGCAGUAGCAGACAUGCUGGUGAGUGUGUCCAACGCCUGGGAGACCAUCAUCAUUUAUCUUCUCAACAACAGACAGCUGGUGGUGGAGGAUCACUUUAUCAGGCAGAUGGACAACAUGGUGGACUCCAUGAUCUGCAUCUCUGUCGUUGCAUCCAUGUGUAGCCUGCUGGCCAUUGCUGUGGACAGGUACGUCACCAUCUUCUAUGCACUGAGGUACCACAACAUCAUGACGGUGAGGAGAGCUGGCUGUAUCAUCGGGGGAAUCUGGACCUUCUGCACUGGCUGCGGGAUUGUCUUCAUUAUCUACUCAGACUCCACUCCUGUGAUCAUCUGCCUGAUCUCUAUGUUUUUUGCCAUGCUGCUCAUCAUGGCCUCCCUCUAUAGUCACAUGUUCAUGCUCGCUCGCUCGCACGUGAAGCGCAUUGCCGCCCUGCCCGGCUACAACUCCAUCCAUCAGCGCACCAGCAUGAAGGGGGCUAUCACACUGACCAUCCUUCUGGGGAUCUUUAUCGUCUGCUGGGCUCCCUUCUUUCUCCACCUCAUCCUGAUGAUCUCUUGCCCACGGAAUCUCUACUGCGUGUGCUUCAUGUCCCACUUCAACAUGUACCUCAUCCUCAUCAUGUGCAACUCAGUGAUUGACCCGCUGAUCUAUGCCUUCAGGAGUCAGGAAAUGAGGAAGACGUUUAAGGAGAUCAUCUGCUGUUACAGUGUGAGAAACGUCUGCACGAACAUCUGUGCUUUGACUGGUAAGUACUGAGAAAUAGAAAAGACCAGUGAAAGGAUGACGCUGGAAUAGAAAUACUACUACCCGAGGACUGGUUCACUGCACUUUUCAGACAGUACAGUGUACCGUCAAACAAGCAACUAUUGAAAACUAUAAGCUGGAAAAGAGACUGGAACAUUGAGUUAUCUCCUAAUGCGUCCACCAUGUACACAAAAAGUUUACUAGAUGCAUUAUUUUAAGGCUUAGUUAGGAUCAUAUAAAGUCGAAGCCCAUGAUUCAUAGUAAUGUGCGUCACACAAAACUGUUUGUGGCCUGCUUUUCAUUCUCCCUGACAUUUCUUUUAUCUUUUUUUCUUUGUCCUUUCUUUUUUAAUAGGCAAGAUUAUUAUUCUCUGUUCCCAGAAUAUGUCUGAUGCAGUAGCCAAAUGGAUAGACAGGAUAUUUUUCUUUCAGUGCUGCAAGAGUGCUCAUAUACUGGCUUUAAAUUACAGAAUUACUGCCAAAUGUACCCAAAUGUUAAUUUAGACGGCUGGAUGUACCUCCGUGAACAUUAACCUGACAUGCAUAAAUUAACAAAGGCAAUGAAGUCAGCAAAAGUUGGGGAAGGUGUGGUAAGAAUUAUCCACAUCCAUAUGUCAGUGAGUUUUUUGGGGGGGGGGUUUGCUUUUCUUUCAAGCUGUGACUACAAAUUAAAACAACAAUUUUACACAUCAAAGUCUGUUUCCCAGUCAUGGAGAGUAGUGCUUCGGUUACUAAGUAGUAUCUAGUUUUUUUUAAAGACCCUUAAGCUUUAAAUUGUGACAAUGUAACAGUCUACCUAGAACAGCAUGUGCAUAUCAGGGCAGUGAAUUAUGUUUUAGUUCACUGUCAGUUAUGAAUUGAAUAUUUCCCAAUAUUAAAUGCAGAGUCACACAUAAAACAAGCGCAAGUGAAACAACACUUAUAUUUAUUCAGAUUUUGAAUAUUAUAAUCAAAAAUCUUUUCCACAUCUUUCACAGAGUCCUCUACCAAAUCUGUUUGAGAUGCUAAAUAAUUAUUUUGAAUUUCAGGAGGGUCAGAGAAAAAGAGUCGCACGUCCUCUGCAUAGAAGACUCUCUGUCACUCACUGGGUGCUCCAUCAGGGCCAGCAAUGGUUGUCCAGUUAAAUCUAAAAACAGACAUCAAUUAAAACAUUACUAAAGUGAAAGUGAUCUCUCAGACAUCAUUCAUGUUGGCUGAACUAACCCUGUAAAAUGCUCUUAUUUGUAGCUGCAGUUGCCUAUACUCUGUUUGUCUAUUAGGUACUGGAAUCUACAGUUUCACUUAUUUUCUUUGGUGUGUACAUGUCCUGGUAACAAAGACUGGACCUUGGCAAACUUAGAGCAAAAACAAAGACAAUUUUAAGAUGGCAAGUCUGGAUAGUUUCACCACUUGCAAGAAAUAAAUGUUGAAUAUCUAAUGGAGAUUAAUGAUCCUCACAGGCAGCCACGCUACAAAGUUCCUAUGAUGCACAGAGCGCUUCUUGUGCACCACUACUGAAUUUAAUCAUUAACCAUUAUUAAACUCUGGCUUUCUCUGCUAUAGUUUUGCUUUUGUCCUGUCUCGCUCUGUUCUCUUCUCAUUCUCCUCACCCCCAAUCAAUCAUGGUAGAUGAGCCUGGUUCUGCUGGAGGGUUCUUCCUGUCAAAUAGGAGUUUUUUCUUCCAUUGUCAUUAAUUGCUUGCUCAUAGAGGGCCGUGUGAUCGUUGGCGUGUCUUUCAAACAUUGUAGGAUCUUUAGCUUACAAUAUUGAGUGCCUUGAGAUAGCCUUUGUGAAUUGGUGCUCUAUAAAUAAAAUUGAAUUGUAAUGCCAGAGUACAGUAAAGUAUAGCAAGAUGCACAAGGCUGUCAGCAUAUGUAAAAACAUAAAAGACAGGCAGAAAUAAUUUAGGUGUAUUAAACAGAGGAAAGUGGAGGUUUGCAGAAAAUUGGUCAAAGGUUAUGAAAUGAAGCGGAAAACUGGCAGCUUAUUUUAUAUUUCAAGAAAGUCAAAUCCUCUCAUUUCCCACCAGUUUCAGCAUAAUUUAUAAAUGUAAGAUCUCUUAUGGUUAAAAUCAGACCCUCUUAUGGUCUUGUGAACUUUUUAUGGAUCUGCACAGCCUGGAUGGCUGCUUCAAGGACUUUUCCAUCAACAUCACAUGGUUUUAAGGCUUGAAAAAUUGCGAUGCAGCCAUAUAUUUAUAUUGAAAAUAGUCGAACAAGAAGAAAACAAGUCUUAACGUGAACAUAUUGAAUAUGUUGCACUGUAGGUAAGUAAUGACAAGGUCAAACAAAUACACCAUAGAUCACAUAGAUUACUUUUUUACCACAGAAAGUAAAUUUCUAUUUUUCAAAGCUUAACAGUUGUUUUUUACUUUGUGACUUUAUGAACAAAAACUAAAUGUUUUUUCACUAGACCCUGUAGGACCAUGCAGCCAUCAAAGUAGCCCAUGUAUUGAUUUAACAGAAACAACUGGCUUUAGCAUGGAAGACUACCAUCCAGUUUAUUGGUUUUCUUACCAGCAUGACUGUAAUUCUUCUUUUACUCCUGGAUUUUUCUGCCUGAAUGAACCUGUUGCUGGAGAGGAUAAUGGUCAAAUGAGCCAGCUACCAUUAUAUGGAACGGCUUUAUGUCAAAUAGUGUCAUUUUGUCGAUUAGAAAUUUUGUCUCGAGAAAUCUUUAGUCUGCCUCUGACGCCAAGCUGGAAAAACUGAAGGAAGAAAGGGAAUCAUUUGCUUUUAAGAUUCAAGAGAUAGCUUCGGCCCUUAACUACAAAGCGGGAUGUGGUUUGAGAGGAAAACUUUCUAACUUUUUUUCCUGGUGACUGCAAAACAAUUUAAUUUAUCUAUAGCCUUUUGUGUCGCGGCAAAAAUCUUCAAAAGAAACUGAUUAAAGCAGUAAAUCCUUUCAAUUGUUGACUUUGUUCUUUACUUGCUCACAAAUCAUUUACUAGUAAGAAUACAAGUAAUUUACUUUAUUAAUGUAUUAAUCAUUUGUUCCUUUUAGCCUGUAUUGUGUUUUUAAUUUCUUCAUUCUUAAGAAAACAGGUUGUAAUAGAAGACAAACAGGCAGCUCUAGAAUGAUCUAUAUCACCGCUCCUUUUAUAUGGAUUCUUACAUGUAGAAUUGGGGGAUUCUGGGUUGACUUACUGAGCUGAUAACCACUGGCAUAGCCACUUAACAUGACUGCUGAUGGGAGGCUUUGUGAAACCAGAUAACAAGAAGAUAUCUUGAGUAUGCCUAACUCAUUUCCCAGUAAAAACCCUGAUCAGUGGUAGUACAGGUCUAACAUUUGGGUUGUGCCAUUAGAAAACAACUGUUUUCAUAAUUAGGAUAAAUAAAAGCUACAUAAAUAUAAUCGAUUUAUAAAGACAUUUUUAAAACAAAGGGGCACCUUCCGUCUAGUGAUGCAGAAGGCACAUACGGCUCAACAGAAGCACCACCUGCAGCUGUAAAAGUGAUUUCAUAAUACUAGUGUGCGAUGAUGGCAAUGUGAUGGAGGUAAAAUGUUGCCUAACACACCAUGAAAGCCCCCAAAAGGCCAGUGCACUGCUCUAAUGCAAGAAUACUGACAGAUUUGAGAGGUUAUCUACCUCCAAAAUUCAGGUGGUUACAGAGCAGUGACUAUCUGACCAGUUCUGAUUCUUAUA